AUGGACUCUGCAGCAAGUGCCGGAUCGGCCAAGAGUGCCGUGGACAAGAACAAAAGCCAGAGAGACCUAUCUCCAGCUGAAAGAUCGAUCCAACAUGGCGAUACCGAUAUCUUGCAGGGGGAGAAAGUCGACGAAGCUCUAGCUGCCAAGAUGAUGCUAAUCAACGAUACCAUCGAUGAGAUUGGAUUCACUGCUCACCACUGGAAGCUAUUCUGUUUGAACGGAUUCGGAUAUGCGGUCGACUCGCUCAUUCUCUUGAUUCAGUCUAUCAUUUCGACGCAAGCUAGGCUAGAGUUUCAACCUAGCUAUGCCACGGGUCUUACAAUUGCGGUCUAUGUUGGAAUGCUGGUGGGUGCCAUAUUCUGGGGAUUUUCAGCAGAUAUAAUCGGCCGGCGCUUUGCCUUUAACUUCUCGCUAUUUGUCUCGUCGGUUUUCACUAUAGUUGCAGGGGCUUCGCCGUCUUGGGUUACACUCGGAUUGUUUGUUUGCUUGAGUGCUUUUGGCGCUGGAGGAAACUUGGUACUGGAUACUACGGUAUUCCUGGAGUAUCUGCCUAGCAGAGAACAAUGGCUAUUAACACUAAUGGCUGCGUGGUGGGGCCUCGGUCAGCUCAUUGCAGGGUUAUUUGCCUGGGCCUUUAUUCCCAAUUACUCAUGCAGCGACGCAGCCACCUGUACCCGGGCCAACAACCAAGGAUGGCGCUAUGUAUGGUAUACAUCCGGUGCCCUGGUGUUUCUUCUCUCCAUACUUCGAAUCACAAUCAUUCGACUUGAAGAGACACCCAAAUUCCUCAUCUCCGAGGGCCAAGACGAGAAAGCAGUACGAGUCCUACAAAACAUCGCCAAUAAAUAUGAUCGCCCAUGCAGUCUCACCAUUGAGCGCCUGCAAGCAUGCGGACAAAUUGUCCAAAGACGAAAGGCAGGAUCCAGCUGGUUGACACGACUGAUCUCCCCAAGCGAAGUAUUCUUCCACCUCCGUGGACUUUUUGCAACCCGCAAGAUGGGCCUAUCCACCACACUGGUGUGGUUCUCAUGGCUCCUCAUCGGUCUCGCCUAUCCACUCUACAACGUGUUUCUGCCCAGCUACCUUGCGACCCGCGGCGCCAAUUUCGGAGAAGAUAGCCCUUAUAUCACCUGGCGGAACUAUGCUAUCAACAAUACCUGCGGUAUCUUUGGUCCGGUGUUGGCGGGAUUUAUGUGUCGCUCGCCUUGGUUCUGGGGCCGUCGGGGAACUAUGAUUAUCGGCGCAGUGGUUACAAUGAUCUUCUUCUUUUGUUAUACCCAAGUCCGCACUGCUAGUCAAAAUGUUGGCUUUACGUGUGCUAUCUCAUUCUGCUUGAAUGUUUAUUAUGGCACUCUUUAUGCUUACACGCCUGAGGUAUUCCCAUCUGCUCAUCGUGGUACAGGGAACGGUGUCGCUAUUGGACUAAAUCGAAUCAUGGGAAUUGUCAGUGCCGUGGUGGGUCAGGCCGCCGAUACCAACACACCUGUACCGAUUUACAUUUGCGCCGCGCUUUACAUUGUGAUGGCAAUCGUCGCUGCGGCUUUCCCAUUCGAGCCGUAUGGCCGACGGAGUAGCUGA